AUGUAUCGGAAUCGCAACGACCCGCGCCUUCGGCGCACGCUGGACGAGCUUUCUCACAACAUCGAGUCCGCAAACGAGGCUGCCCAGGAAGGCAUCUACGCCUUUUCGCACAACUACAUCAACCCUUGCGUCGCGUCGGUAAGCCAGUGCUUCGAGGCAUGCGCCGCUCCCUGCUUUGGCUCUCGCGAGGAUCGCCUGCUCCGCCGGCGAAGGGGACGGGGCCGCGCCCGCGCAGAACACUACUUUGACUUCUACGAUGACUGGGAAGAGGAGGAGAACGACGGCCCGUUUGCAUGGGGCAACAGCGAAUUCGACCGUCUCUUGGCUGGCCAGGGCUCCUCGACCCAGCCGGGUCGCCAGCGUGCUAUGAGCUAUGGCGCACGCCGCGGCGAUGCGCGACAUCCCGCCGCCCGCCGAAAGAGUGUUGCCCCGCCGCACGACGGAAGCCCAGAUCCUACCAUAAUACCCACCAGUUCGUAUUUUGGCUUCUUGGGAAGGCUUCCGUUCAGACUUGGCGGUAAGGGUCUGCGCUAUAAACCUUCUGCUGCAGAUCUUCAAGACCAUCCCGGCGCGUCUCGGCGAUCGCUGGAGGAGCAUGAUCCAUUGAUCGAAGAAGCGGAGGAGUUCCCUGCGUUUUUGGCCCACCGGAGAAACAGAAGUGGGACAAACGAGUCAGGCGUGACAUCCGACUCGUUAAGUUCCCGAGGAGAUAUCUUGCCUAGCGAGGAUGAGCUGGACGAUGCCGUGCCGUUAGAUGAUGAGUUUGCCAUGGCGCUCGAGCGCCGCAACACUGCUACUUUUUUGGAUGAUACAAGCAGUGGCAAGACGCCCAAUUCAAGACGCCCUCGCGGCUCCCGGACGUCCACGAGGACUGUGUCAACGAAGGGCACCCGGGACUCAAGAAGACGCUCAGCCGCGACCUCUCCUUCUGUUGACAAACGCUCCGAAGCCGGCAUCCAGGAGGUUCCAACUUUAUCCGAGCUCAAGUUUGAGGAAGUGAGGAUACAGGAAGAGGAGGAGGAAAGCAUUGAGAGGAGGCGAGAUGCUGCUCGGGCGCUUGCUCUGAGGAGAGGCCUUAAAAUUGAAGAAGAUAUGACUAUGCCGUCCGAGACGAAGUCCCCAGUCGGAUCCCCAAAGCGAAAGGCAGCCAUGUCGGAGAUAAGGAGUGCCCCCAGUUCACCGCCCAGGAGUCCACGUCUUGGCGGCACCAUUCCGUUCCCAAGCUUUGAUAGUCAUCCAACAUCGCUUUCGACGUCGCCCACAUCACAUCCCCAUGGCUUCGGAGGCUCGUUCCCUACAAGGCCGACCAAGGAAGAUAACGAAGGUCACAACGUUGACUAUGUUUUCUGGUGA